UCCCGGGGCCGCCAUGGGUAACCUCUGCCUGAGGCUCCGGCCCUGCCUGGGUCGUUGUCCCCACUGCUGGUCGUCCGAGGAGGCGGACAAGCCCGGGGUGAUUGAGAACCCAUGGGCUGACAGCCCUCGUGAGCCUCCCCGGCCGCCGGCUCCAGAGCCGGAGAGAAGCCAGGGCCAGUUCUUUGUGGCUCUGUUUGAUUACCAGGCUCGGACGGCUGAGGACCUGAGCUUCCACGCGGGUGACAAGCUCCAAGUCCUGGACAAGUCCCACGAGGGCUGGUGGCUGGCCAGGCACUUGGAGAAAAGGGCCGACUGCUCCGGCCAGCAGCUGCAGGGCUACAUUCCUUCUAACUACGUGGCUGAAGACAGGAGCCUCCAGGCAGAGCCGUGGUUCUUUGGAGCAAUCAAGAGAACAGAUGCUGAAAAACAACUAUUAUAUUCAGAAAAUCAGACAGGAGCUUUUCUAAUCAGAGAAAGUGAAAGUCAGAAAGGCGAUUUCGCCCUUUCAGUUUUAGAUGAAGGGGUUGUGAAACACUACAGAAUCAGACGACUGGAUGAAGGGGGCUUUUUCCUCACCCGGAGAAGAACCUUUUCAACACUGAAUGAAUUCGUGAGUCACUACACCAAGACAAGUGAUGGCCUGUGUGUCAAGCUGGGAAAACCAUGCUUAAAGAUACAAGUCCCAGCUCCCUUUGAUUUGUCAUAUAAAACUGUGGACCAGUGGGAGAUUGACCGCAGCUCCAUACAACUUUUGAAGCGAUUAGGAUCCGGUCAGUUCGGUGAAGUGUGGGAAGGCCUGUGGAACAAUACCACUCCAGUAGCAGUGAAAACAUUAAAGCCAGGUUCAAUGGAUCCAAAUGACUUCCUGAGGGAAGCACAGAUAAUGAAGAACCUAAGACAUCCAAAGCUUAUCCAGCUUUAUGCUGUUUGCACUUUAGAAGAUCCAAUUUAUAUUAUUACAGAGUUGAUGAGACAUGGAAGUCUGCAAGAAUAUCUCCAAAAUGAUGCUGGAUCAAAAAUCCAUCUGACGCAGCAGGUAGACAUGGCAGCCCAGGUUGCCUCUGGAAUGGCCUAUUUGGAAUCCCAGAACUAUAUCCAUAGAGAUUUGGCUGCCAGAAAUGUCCUUGUUGGGGAACAUAAUAUCUACAAAGUGGCAGAUUUUGGACUGGCACGAGUUUUUAAGGUAGAGAAUGAAGACAUCUAUGAAGCUAAACACGAAAUAAAGCUGCCGGUGAAGUGGACUGCGCCUGAAGCCAUUCGUACUAAUAAAUUCAGCAUUAAGUCUGAUGUGUGGUCAUUUGGAAUCCUUCUUUAUGAAAUCAUUACUUAUGGCAAAAUGCCUUAUAGUGGUAUGACGGGUGCUCAGGUAAUCCAGAUGUUGGGUCAAAACUAUAGACUCCCUCAACCAUCUAACUGUCCAUUGCAAUUCUACAAUAUCAUGUUGGAGUGCUGGAAUGCAGAGCCUAAGGACCGGCCAACAUUUGAGACACUGCACUGGAAAUUUGAGGAUUAUUUUGUAACAGAUUCUUCAUAUUCAGAUACAAAUAACUUUCUAUGAUGAACACUGAAGAGGAAGAACAAAUAAUGAAGCAGCAAUAAAACCCAAUAAUCAGUUCAGCAAUACAAUCAUAUUAACCAGCUGUAAAAAUGAAUUUCUCUUCACAUAUUCAAGUAAUAAGGUAAACUUGGCCACAUAAUAUAUAAAAGAUUAAAUGUACAUUUUACCAACUGGGCAAUACUGAAGGACAGUAUAAGAUGAAAUAUCAUCUCCCCACUGCCUGGCCAAAUCAAACGUACUAAACAGAGUUAUUUUUCUUUUUAAAAGAGACUUACAUUUCUAUUUAUUGUUUGAAAUGCCGAUCAAGAGGAUCAACAGAUGAUACUCAAUUUUUACUCAGUGACUGUUGUAGCAUUUUCCUGUUUACUGAUUAAAGUGGUUAUUCAUUAUUCCUUGGAUUGCUGAAUCCCAUCAGGCUGUUAUUAUGAAGGAAUCUGAUUGCUUUUCUGCACAGCAGGACCUGUGCUUUGAGAUUUUUUUUUUUCUCAUUUAAAAUAUCCUGUAACUACAAUGAUGGCAAAGCCAUGUUAAAUGACUUGAUUGUACUUGGAGUAAUUGCACAUAUUUUUUUCCCAUGCAUAAAAAAAUGAAGCAGCUGUUGAGAAAAAGAAUUAAAAUUUCCCUCAUUUUGUAGAAGGAAAUGAUGGAAUUUUUCUAUACCUCAAUGUGUGUCAUCUGAGAUUCAUCUACAUUAGUUUUAGGCUCUUAAUGUUAAGAAUCAGAUUGCAAAGCUGAUGAGUUAUUAUCUAUGGAAAUAUGCAAGAAACAUCUAAUAGCCUGCAAGAUCUGAGAAAUAAGUAUCAAAAUAGUUUAGGAAAAUGAGAGAUCAGUAGGAUUGCUUUAUGACCUAGGAUUCUGAAUAAUUAAAAAAAUAUAUACUUUUGGCAUAUAGGCCAGAUUUUCAAACUGACUACAAAACGGGUCAAAUUCUGCUUCAGAUCUAGAAAAUAAAGAAUAAGGAAUAAUAAGGUUUCAUAACCUUGGUUUUAACACUGUAUUUUUUGUCUGGUUAGGCCAAAAGGGUUUUUUACUCAUCUUAAGCUUUAAUUAACCUUUGCAAGAAUCUUAUUUCUUUUAAGCAGUUGGUUUAUCAAGUUUUGUGCCUCAUUAGAUAAGUAUAGAGAGUCCUCAAAGAAAUAUAUGAAAAGCUCUUUUAAUGUAAAGCAAUAUGAAUGAAACAAUUCAUAAGAAAAUUUUGAGUACAUUGAGAAUAUUUUGAGUAUAUUCUCUCAUCUUUCUUUAAAGGGAAGGAAGAGCAUUUCUAAGCAGUUACAGAAGCCCCAACACAAUGUAGAUUAAGCACUAAGUAAAUCUCUAACUCUCUAAUUGGAAGACAGAAGUUGUUAAAAAGGAGAUAACAGGCCCCAGAUGGGGAGUCGCUUGUGCUAAGCCCCAUGUCAGCAAACCUAGACCUAACACUUACCCUAAUUGCAGUUUCAGUCUCUCCCAAGAAUGUAGCCUUUAACCAACCA